AUGGAUGCGUUGUCGCGCUCCCUGAAGGUUCGUGCCCUUGAACUCGAACUUGAAGGCCUUAAUCCCGGGCCCAGCCGUUCGCGAGUCCUUGAACAGUUAGCAGAACUCUGCUCUGAUCAAUACGAAGCCGUCAAUAAGUGGAAAUCUCUUGAGGAUGCAUUAAAGUACCUCGGCGAACUUAUUGAAAGCACGAGUGAUGAUGACUUCCAAAAUACUGCGCGCCUUUCAUUAUCCUAUUCUAGAUGCCUGCGUAGUCGCUUCAUGCGCGGUCGGCAUCCAGAUGAUUUACGCCAUGCGAUCGAGUUUGCAACCAAUUCCGUUAUGCAGAUAGGACAUCUUGCAGAAGAAGAAAAUAAACCUCUGCUAGUGGAAGGUGGCGUGAACCUUCUUUUAUGUCUCUUUACGAAGGUCAAUCAGCUUCACGAAAGCACAGAGGAGGAUUUUGAUAACAUGGUUAAUGCAGCUAGGGAUGUUGAAGAUUCGGUCCGUGAAGAUGGACUUGAGGAUAUGCUCCGUCUGCAAGUGAUGAAUGUCCUGGGACUUGUUUACCAGAUAAAGUGGGAACGAGAUCAAGAAAUUGACGACUUAGUUCGCUCGUUGGCGUGGGGCCGUCAAAUUAUCGAAUAUUUAUCUUCCCAUGGCCAACCGAGUGACCGCGCGCUUAGCAAUCUUGCCUUCCGUCUACAAAGGGCAUAUCUCUGUUAUCUUCGUGAUAGCGAAGUACUUCCCAAGUUUGGAAUCUCAGAUGGAGAACAACUUCUGAACCAGGCUCUGGAGUAUCUCGAGGCGUCAUUUUCCCUACAUGGUGGACGGCUGCUCUCUGGCGCAGAAGAUGCAUUAACUUUUGUUUCGUACAUCAAGAGUUUUCCCAUCGGACGGAGGAGAAGCAUAUUGGGAAGAUGCUACAAAAUUCUCCGAUUCAGCUUGAAUCGUUUGAGGGAGCUGUGCCGAGUUUCAUCACAGGAAGACCAACAGGACAACAUAAGCACGUUUUACGGACUUUCCCGUUACACUGCAGCUGCUAGUCUCGAAGCUGACGACAACCCUUACGAGGCGCUUCUGCUCCUAGAGGAAGGCCGUGGCAUCGCAAUUGCAUCUCAGUAUGAGGACGUGCAAGACACGGCGCUCGUCUGUUCUUCCGAUGAAAUGCUUGGAAGACGAUUCGUUGAGGCACGGAACGCUAUCAAUUCUAUAGUUGAUAGUACCGCUUCAUUUCAAGGUGGAGUGGAGAGAUUAAGCAAGGAGAAUAUACUGGAUCUCGCGGAAGGCAGAGAUAUUGCAUUGGUCAAUGUGACGGAUAUACGAAGUGAUGCAAUCAUCAUCUCCAAAGGCGAAAUCAAAAGUGUGUACCUUGCGGAUCUUGACGAGGACCAACUUGCAGAAGAAAGUUGGGAAAUUCAGACCCGCCUUGCGGAAACAGACAUAGAUGUCUUUUAUGAUCUCCACCAGCUACUAUCAACAUAUUUUCGAGACCUUUGGAAGAAGCUUGCGAAGCCGGUCCUGGACAAUUUGGGACACGAAAAGUCUGUCUUGUCUUCUGACACUUGGCCCCAUAUUUGUUGGAUUCCGACAGGGAUUCUUUGUCUAUACCCAAUACAUGCGGCUGGCCUGGGCUUGCACAAGGACAGUAAUGUGAUGAACCGAGUUAUUUCCUCCUAUGCACUUAGCUUAAGGAGCCUCUUCCGCAAUCAUGAGCGCUACAAGAAGUUGAAUUCUAUGGAUAAGCCAGACAUCAAAGAAGGCAUAUCUGCCCUAUCUUCCAUCGACAUUGCUGUUGUCUCGAUGCCUGAAACUCCAGACAGGCAGCCAUUAACACUAUCCGAAAAGGAAGCUGAUUACAUCAAAAAUUUGUUUCCUAAGUCGCAAGUCCUUAUCGGUGAAACAACUCAAGCCGUACUCGAAGCGAUAAUGAAGGAGCCCAAGGUAGUCCAUUUUUCAUGCCAUGGAGAGGUUGACUACGACCGUCCCCUGCUGAGCAAAUUUUUAACAAGAGAUUGGAAGGAAAAUCCGCUGAAUAUAAGCCGAUUGCAAACCCUGGACAUUGGGAAGUCUGAGCUCGCUUUUCUCUCAGCCUGUUUCACCGCAAACGCAGGUGUUGAAAACUUACAGGAUGAACACGUUCAUCUAGCGGCAGUCUUGCAGCUAGCAGGGUUUUUGAACGUUGUGGGAUCUGCUUGGUAUGUCGGUGAGGAAGCAGGACUUGAAGUGACUAAACGCUUUUAUGAACGACUUGGGCAAGAUCAACGAGACUGGGCGACGACCACGGUUGAAGCAUUGCAUUUUGCAGUGCGAGAUUUUCGUGAAACAACCCGUACCGCUGCAAACAGAAUGAGAGGAGAUCCUGUGAUUUGGGCACCAUUUUUGCACUAUGGGUUUUGA